AUGAUACGAGAAUUCGUCUAUUUGCUGUUUGCUGCUGCCAGCAUCGUCAUCUCAACUCCAUCAGAGAGUAGGGUUUCGAUUCCGAUUGAACAAAACAAUUUGGUUGGAUACCAGAGAAAAAUAAGCAACGAAGAACAUGAAUUGAAUGCAAAAGACUAUUUGAACUCUGGUCAGUGGCGGUGUGGAGGAGGUGGCUUGGAGAGGUUUGUUGCACUUACUUUUGGAUGUUGGGAUAAACUUGCUGAAGUGAACAUGUGUUGUUCUGUUCAUGAUGAUUGCUACGCUCUUCAAUUGGGAAAAGAUUUUUGUGAUUUGAAAUUCUGUAGCUGUUUAAAUGAAACAUUGAAAUGGAUAGGAUACGGUAGUAUGUGCUUCGAGAAACAGUGGACUGGGGGCGCAUGCUUGACUGUUAAAGUUUCAGGAGGGAUUUUCUAUAAACCAUAUAAGGAGGGAUACGUUGAUACGAAUCUUGUGACUUAUGUUCCAGCUCUGAAUAAGACUGUCGAAGAUAAUUACAUGAAGUUAUAUGAGACUUGUAAAUUUAUGAACGUGACCUUCUCUAAUUGUGCUUACAAUCAUAUGCUCUGUUACAUGAGAAUACUUCCUGAUCGAAAUGCUCAAACUUAUGAAAACUGUGUGGAUAAUUUGAUUACUUGUUUGGAUGAAUCAACCUCAAUUCUUGCUUCAUCCGAUGAGCAAUGUCUUACUCAAGUGGAAAUUACAAUGAAGGCAAUUGCAGACAAUAGUAAAGUUUCUGGAAUUCCAACGAUUCGAGAAGCGAAAUAUCCAAAACUACAAAUGAUGAUAUGUCUUUCAAUGUUACUCGUAGUUCCUUUUUUGGUUUCAGAUAUGGUUUGUCCGGGAGAUAAAGAAACUGAGAUACGGUAUGGUCCAACUGAUAUCUGCUUCUUUUGUGACAUCUGGAAUCGCUACCCUACUACAAACUACAUUUGGAAUGAGGUCUGUUUUUACUUCCAACCGUUGUCUCAUACUAAUCUCAGAUUGGCCAUUCUUCAUGGUCCAUCAUUUGCCUAUCUUCCAGUUCUAAACACAUUUCAAACAAUGUAUCCAUGUAAUGAACAUACAGAUACAAGUUUAUGGCAACAGAAAAUACAAAUGAUAUCAGGAAGUUGUCUCAUCGCUGUUCUUGUCAUGCCUCUUUUUGGAUUUACAGGCAUCAUUGGUUUCCUUUCAAAAUUCAUUGGUCCAAUUACAAUUGUUCCUAUAAUUAGUCUUCUCACAAUAAGUGCAGUUCCAGAUGUUGAACAGAAAAUGUCAUUGCAUUGGAUGUCAUCUGUAGAAUUUUUGAUACUCGUAGUAUUCAUUGUACUUUUGGAACACUGGGAAAUGCCUCUUCCAGCUUUUUCAUUUAGUGAAAAACGAUUCCAUGUCAUAAGGAAAAAAGUUUUGAGUCAAUUUCCUUAUAUAAUCGGAAUUGGCAUCGGAUGGUUCAUUUGUUUCAUUCUGACAGUUACCAACGCAAUACCAAUCAAUAGUUCAGCACGAACUGAUCAGAAUUCAAGUAUUGAAACAUUGAGAAGUACUCCGUGGUUUCAUUUUCCAAUUCCCGGACAAUACGGAACACCAACUAUAAAUGUGUCGCUUCUUUGUGGAUUCAUUGCUUCCAGUUUUGUUGCAAUGAUUGAGAGUAUUGGAGAUUACAAUCUUUGUGCUCAACUGUCAAAACAAGGGAGGAUUCCAGAGUCUAAUCUAAACCGAGGAUUCGUUGUCGAAGGAAUCGGAUGUAUGCUUUCUUCUUCAUUUGGAAUCGGGACUGGAAUCACAACAUAUGCUGAAAAUAUUGCUAUAAUGUCUGUAACAAAAGUAGCAAGUCGGAUAACAAUGCAAGUUGCUGGUGUUUUCCUUUUGGUCGCUGGAAUAUUUUCAAAGUUUUCUGCGGUUUUGGCCAUGAUCCCAGAGCCAGUUGUCGGAGGUGUUUUGGCAAUUGGAAUAUGUAUGGUUAAUGGAGUUAUGCUCAGAAAUCUUUUGACAGUAGAUCUUCGUCUUUCCCGAAACUUGACAAUAAUGGGCAUAUCUAUAAUAAUGGGAUUGACAGUCGCCCUCCAUUUUGAGAACAAUCCAUUAAAGAGUGGUAAUCAAACAGUUGAUAAUGUGUUCGGAACACUUCUAACUAUCCGAAUGUUAAUCGGAGGUAUUAUUGCAUUCACAUUGGAUAAUAUCACUCCAGGCGCAACAAGAGAACAGAGAGGAUUCAGAAGAUUUGAUGAGAGUGGAGACGAUGACACAUUAGUAGAGAAUAAUGGAUAUGCAUUACCUUCUUUCAUGAAUAGAUUUUUCCUGAAAUAUCGCUGGCUGACAUACAUUCCAUUGGUUCCUUCAAGAGAUGAGAUCAUGGAUAUUGAAGAGAAAAGAAUGGAAAUCAAAUACAAGCUUUAA